AUGGAGUAUGACCACACACAAGACAUUCUGGGCCAGCUGCCCCUGCUGAAGUCCUAUUCGCACAUGCUGCUGCUCUUCCCCCUCGCCAACGACGUUGCACACCCAGAGAUCGUGACAGCCCUGGAGUCAGCCAUUCACCAGCUCAUCGCAGCCUUUCCCUUCCUCGGCGGUAAAGUUGUGCGCGAGGGUCAAUCUUCCACUCACUCGGGCGUCUUUGUCGUGCGUCCUCAUGCCGCCUGGAAAGACUUCGACCAUAAGUUCCUGCGCGUGGAAGACCGCACCAACGAGGUCGCGUCGUAUGCAGAGUUGAAAGCGACGGGGGCGCCCAUCAACACGUUGCCCAGUAACCUGCUGGCGCCUCCGCGCGUUGCCUUCCCGGAGCCCUAUCCCGACGACGACGAUGAGACCAACCCGGCUCCCGUGCUCGACUUCCAGGCCAACUGGAUCGAAGGGGGUCUGGCGUUGGUGAUCGCAGCGCAGCACAACAUCAUCGACGGCAACGGGAUGUUCCAGAUCGUCAACCUGCUCGCAUACAGCCUCCGCCACGAGCCAUUUCCCGAGCAAGCCGUCCGCGAAGGUAACAUCGACCGACGCAGCCUAAUCCCGCUGCUGAACGACGACGAGCCGAUGGACGACCACAGCGAGCUAAAGCCGGCGAUCGUUCCCGGCUCACCGUCCGCCCUAAUCCCACCAGAGACGAAAGCCUACCUGGCGACAUUCAGAUGGCGGAACCUGCGCUUCAGCCAGGCGGCCAUGGCCAAGCUCUACCAGAAGGCCACUCCGGCUCCAGUCGACGCCUCCUCACUAGACCAGAACCAGUCCACAGAGAGAGAGAAGAUCACUCCCAACGAUGCACUGACGGCCUUCCUGUGGCAGCGUCUCAUUACGCUGCGCCUUCCGCACCUCCCGCCGUUCAUGCAAUCGUCCACGUCCAAGAUCACCCGCGCGUUAGACCUCCGCCGCACCGUCAACCUCUCCCCCCAUUACAUGGGCCACAUGGUCCGCACCGCCAAUCUGCGGCUCCCGCUCAAGGAGGUCGUGCGGCUCUCGCUGUAUGAACUGGCCGUCAAGCUACGGAGACAUGUGAAAGCUCUGCACAACCUGCAGUCCACGCGCAGCUACGCGACGUUCCUUGCCCACGAGGACGAUAAGAGCCUGGUGGCGUACGGCGGCGCGGCUAACCCCUUGACCGAUUUCUCCUGCUCCAGUAUCGCUCAUGUCACGGUGCCGGUGUUUGGACCCCUAGGGAAGCCGACCAUGCUCCGACGGCCGUCGUUUGAGACCCCGUUGCCGGGCGCGUGCUAUAUCGGACCGGUAAUUGAUGAGAGUGAUGAGGAGGGCGGAUGGGAGGGGCUAAUGUGUUUGAGUGAGCGGGAAUGGGCCAUGGUCAAUGCGGACGAGGAGUGGAAGGAGGUGGUGCGUUAUAUUGGAACGGGUCUGAUUCUACGUUCUCAGAUACUCCAUAUCCCAACAUCAUCCAACAUAAAAGAAACCCAAAUGGCCACCGAAAUCGACAUCGCCAUCAUCGGCAGCGGGCUCAUCGGCACACUGCUAGCCCUAGGUCUCCUCCACCGUAACUCGCCCCACCUCCGCGUUCAAGUCUACGAACAGGCCUUCUGCCAUCGCGAGCUGGGCGCGGGGAUCGGCUUCACGCGCGCGGCGCGCCACUGUAUGAAGCGGCUGGACCCGCGGCUGGACGACUGCCUGCGGGCCGUGGCCACGAUGAACGGCGAGGUCGACGACCCGGACUACAACAUGCGGUUCGUCGACGGCUACCACACGUACGUCGACGACGACGACCACGGACCCGUCGGCAUCGAGGGCAAGGUCUACAAGCUGUACGCGGGGCCGCGCGGGUUCGAGGGGUGCCACCGCGCGCAGUUCCUCGAGGAGAUCAUGAAGCUCAUGCCCGAGGGCGUCGUGCAGUUCGGCAAGCGCCUCGAGAGACACGAGUACCUCGACUCCGGCAGGAUUAAAUUGGUGUUUGGAGACGGCACUGUGAAAGAGGUCGACGGAGUAAUCGGCUGCGACGGCAUAAAAUCCCGCGUCCGGGACCUCCUCUUCCCAAACGGAGACUACCGCCCCCGGUACGCCCACCAACUAGCCUACAGAGGCCUAAUCCCCAUGGACCAGGCAAUCGCGCAUCUGGGCCGCCACCGCGCGCUCCUGCAACACAUGCACUGCGGGCCGCACGCGCACGUCCUGCACUUCCCCGUUGCAAACCAGAAGUUGCUGAACGUCGUGGCAUUCGUGCCUGACCCGAAGGACUGGGACGUAGCUAAAACACCAAGAACGCACCUCCUCGAAACCUUCGCAACCUGGACGCCCUUCCUCCGCAGACUCCUCUCGCUCCUACCCCCGAACCUAACGAAAUGGCCCAUCUUCGACCUAUACGAGAACCCGCCGCCGACGUACGCGAUGGCGCAGAUGUGCGUGGCAGGGGACGCGGCGCACGCGUCGUCGCCACAUCACGGGGCCGGGGCUGGGGUCGGGGUGGAGGAUGCGCUGGCGCUGGUGACGGCGCUGGGGUGUGCGGAGGCGGAUAUCGUGGGCGGGAGGAUGAGCGUCCCAAAAGCGUUGGAGGUGGCAUUUCGCGCGUACUCCGAUGUGCGGUAUGAGCGGUCGCUGUGGGUGAUGCGGAGUAGUCGUGACGUGUGUCGUGCCUAUGAGUGGGAGGUGUUCGGGGAUGAUGAGGAGGAUAUGGGUGAUAUGGGGCGGGUGUUUGAGGAGAUUCGUCGGCGGACGAUGAAGGUUUGGGGGCUUGAUGUUGAUGGGAUGGUUGCUGAGGUGCAGGGGGCCUAUUGGCGGGGGACUUGGGGCUUUGCUUCUUUUUCUUCUUGA